UUUCAAUAUGGCCUCAACACUUUUUGAUACUCUAUAUAAAUGUGGCCAUUUCUUUGCUUUUUCUUCACACACCAUUUGUCCAUUUUCCUUUGCUUUCUCUCUUUCUUCAAACCCAAUUUGGGAUCUUAAAUUAAUUAAAUUAAGCUUUUAACAAUGGGGGAAGCUGCUGGUUUCACUGAUCCAGAGAAGCAGAAACUUCUUCUUCAUGAUCAUGAGGAGAAGCACUUCAUGUCAAGUGAAGUUGUCCGUGACAUCAUCAUCGGUGUCUCCGAUGGCCUCACCGUGCCAUUUGCCCUUGCAGCCGGACUUUCUGGGGCUGAUGUUAGCUCCAGCAUUAUCCUCAUUGCUGGAAUUGCUGAAGUUGCUGCCGGAGCCAUCUCCAUGGGACUUGGAGGAUAUCUUGCAGCUAAAAGUGAAGCUGAUCAUUACAUGAGAGAACUGAAGAGGGAACAAGAAGAGGUGAUUGAAGUUCCAGACAUAGAGGCUGCUGAGGUGGGAGAUAUAUUGUCACAAUAUGGGGUUGAAGCCCAUGAAUAUGGCCCUGUUGUUGCUGCUCUUAGAAGGAACCCUCAAGCUUGGGUUGAUUUCAUGAUGAAAUUUGAAUUGGGGUUAGAAAAGCCAGACCCAAAAAGGGCAUUAAUAAGUGCAUUAACAAUAGCCAUAUCCUACAUAAUUGGUGGGUUGGUGCCCUUAUCGCCAUACAUUGUGUUCCCCGCUGCUGGAGAUGCUGUGAUUGCUUCUGUAAUCGUAACCAUAAUUGCAUUGCUAAUCUUUGGCUUUGCUAAGGGCUAUUUUACUGGUAAUCGUCCCAUUAUGAGUGCACUACAAACCGCCUUAAUUGGAGCCAUUGCUUCUACCGCUGCUUUCCUCAUUGCGAAGGCUUUUCGUACCUGAAACUUCUUCGUUAUCAAAGUAUGUCAGCAUUAGAAAGAAGAAUAUAUAUAUAUUAUUGGAUAUAGUUAUGGACCCGAGUGAUGAUUCUUAAUUAAAUUGUAGUGCUUGCUUCUGGCUAGUAAUUUCUUUUAGAUAUGUUCGCACCAUUUAUGUAAAGUAAAUGUACUCGUUUAAUUAGGAUUGAGUUGUUUUCAAA